AGCUUGAUCGGAUCGUAUCGUCUGCAAUUUUUGUCUUAUCCGAGCUAAGUGUCGCAGAUUACACCGAGCAGAAUCUGACAUGAAUCGCUUUCAUCUUCAAUUUAAACAUGAGAUUGAUGAGCAUUUGUCUAAAGAAUUUGAUAAAAUUACGUGUAAGCUGGAUGAGGAAGGAGAUGGAGAAACUAAGGGGAAUUGGUUCAGUCAACUUCUGAAGACGUUGCCCAUCCCACCUGCCUAUACUAUUGUCAGAGUCAAUGAUCUUUCUUCUGAUAGAGAGGAAGUUCACCAGCUUCUCCAGAAGCAUAUCAACAAGCAAUAUGAGCACAAACCAUUCGCCCCACCAACAGUGGUGCCCCACCCCCUCCUGAGAGACGUCCUGGUCAUUCCCAGUGGACACCAGCGGGACGACGCUGAGCUCAAGCCAGAUAGUAAGGAGGUCAUUGUUGACCUGGCUUGUGGGAUGGCAGUGUUAAGAGGAGCCGAGGUGUUUGCCCCAGGCGUAAUGGCAGCGCCAGUAGCAAUGAACAGAGGUGACACAGUUGCGGUUUAUUCUGAUGUAAAGGGUCUUUGUCGAAGAGGCAUGACGACUAGGUUUGAAGGUGAAAGACUAUUUCUAGGAAAUGGAAGGGCCAUGAUGAGCAGACAUGACAUCAUGGUAGCGACAUCUUCUCCCAGUGGAACAGCAGUCGUGAUGAUAGACCCCGUGUUUGACUGCCCAUCUCUCAACGCUGUUCUUCCAUCCAAGAUCUUCCUACAGAAUCUCCCUUCCAUUAUAGUUGGUCAUGUCUUAAACCCCCAGCCUGGAGAGAAUGUGCUAGACAUGUGUGCCGCACCAGGAGGCAAGACAACUCACAUUGCUACUUUGAUGAAGGAUCAGGGGAGGGUUAUAGCCCUGGACAAGGCAUCCAAGAAGAUUGCCAGAAUAGAAGGCUAUGCAGCAGCUCUUCACUUGACAUGCAUUCGAGCUUACUACUUCGAUGCUACUAAGGCCUGUGCUACCAAAUCAGAGAUUUUAAAAGGAAAAGAAGACUUCCAUCCACCCUUCCCGGAAAUGACCUUUGACCGGAUUCUACUCGAUGCCCCCUGCAGCGGUCUGGGUCAACGUCCUACGAUCUACAACAAGAUGAGCCUCAGUGAGGUCCAAUCUUAUCCUGCUCUUCAACACAAGCUCUUUUCUGCGGCUGUCAGGUUGCUUCGAGAAGGAGGCACCCUUGUCUACAGCACCUGCACAAUCACUCCAGAGGAGAAUGAAGGCCUGGUGGCAUGGGCGCUCCAGAAACACCCACAGAUGAGACUAGAGAAACAGGAACCACAUUUUGGUGGUCCAGGUCUUCCAGUACCUGGCCUCAGCAGCGAGGACCAAGAGAAAGUCAAGCGUUUCACACCGGCAUCCCACCUGGCAGGCUUCAAUCAAGGGAGAACAGUGAGCUGCAACGAGGACACGAUAGGUUUCUUUAUAGCUAAAUUUGUCAAAUUGACUGAUAGAUAAUAAUAAUAAUAAUAAACCAUUCUUAUAUAGCGCAUAUCACAAAAAUAUAUUAAGUCCCUAUGGGCUCAGAAGAAAGAAAGGAAGGGAUAAUAGCAGACAUGAGGGAAGAGAAGAGAAAGAAUAACUGCUUUGUCAUAACAUUGUACUAAUUUAACAAACAAACAAACGUGUCUUUAAGAGAUUCUUGACAUUUUCUUAUCUAUCAACCUGCUUAAGAUGAUUUAUUCCAUAACUCUGCAGCUGCCAGUUGAGAAGAUCUCGUACCAUGGUAAUUUGUUGAUAUUGAGGGAUGAAGUAACAAGGAUUUUGACUGAGAGCGCAUGUUUCUUGCAGGGCAAUAUUUUGUUAUCAAUUGUUGUAAGUAAUCAGGGCCUAAUCCUUGCAUGCACAAGAACACCAAUGUCGAAAUCUUAAAAUCAAUUUGUUGUUUUACUGGAAGCCGAGUGCGAGUAACGUACCUUGCCGCAGAGUUUUUGAUUCUUUGCCAAUUCUGAAUUUCAUUAUCAGGAAGACCAUAUAAGAUACCAUUACAAAAAUUAAGGCAAGAAACUAUGACAAUGUUGUUGUUUUAGUUUUUAGGGGUUGUUAUUCAGAAGUGAAUAUUUACGCCUCUUCUCUUAGGAUUUUUUUUCCUUUAAAAUUAGAUUGCCUUUUUUAAAUAUAUAGAAUUUUGAUAAAUUGGAUUUUUAAAAGUUAAACUGUUUAUGUUGAAGAAUUUAGUGGCUGGCGAGCAAAAGGCUUAUCGGCUACAUGUAUAUAGGACGCCCAAGGACCAGCUCGGACACGGUACAUUUUGACAAGCUUCUCAACUCAGCCUAAUGCUGAGCCUAGGCCCUCUGACGUCCGACGUCCACCAAUAAGUCUAGUCGUCUCCACCGCGUUUCUUCAAAAUUUUGUCCGAUAACCAAUAAAGAAAAAGAACAUAUACAUGAAGAUUCUAAACGUUAAUAUAGGCAGAUCUCUCUUUUUUCUUUUUUUUCUUUUUCACUCUUCUUCUUUUUCAUGUGUCACUCACUAUAAAAAAGCAAAACAUCUUGGGCUCAAAUAUUUAUGUGCGGUGCAAGGUGGUUAGUAGGGGUACAGGUGUACCCUUUUAGUUCUAACUACAAAGUUGACCAGAGCCUGCUGGUGGUUAAUAUCUGUGGAUUUCAGGAGUAUUGGGAUUGCUUAUCAUUUUCUAUGCCAGAUUCUGUAAUGAGCAUGGCUCUUUCUAUAAGAAAGAGCGGGCACUUGCAUAAGAAAUGGUUAACUGUUUCUUUUUUGUGCUUACAAUGUGAACAAUGACCAGUCUCCUGUUGAUUCAACUCAAAUAGAUUUUCAUUUAAACCUAAGUUCCCCAAUCUUAGGCGAUGGAGAAUAGCUUCGUUACUUCUGUUGUUCAAGUAACACACAAAUGUAUUUGAUACCAAAGUUUACGUUUCCCGUAGGGGGGAUAAUGUUUCAUUCCAUCUUUUUUGCCAUAUCUCUAUGUAGUAUUUCUUUAAAACAUAGUUUGAUUCUGCUCUGGUAAGAGCUUUGUUGAUUUCUAUUUUUUUUAUUAGUCCUGCUUUAGCAAACUUAUCUGCUAUCUCAUUGUGUACAUCUAGUCUCCCACCAAGGUUUUGAGUUGAGCCAUUUGAGUGUAUUACAGUGUUACCAAAUGAAGUGGUAUCGAUCCGUUUACAUUGUCUAAUUUACUUGUAAAGUGAAGGACCUUAGUUUUAUCCUCAUUGAGUUUAAGACCAUUUUGAGCCCAGCAAUUCUUGA